CGAUGCUUAAGAUGUGAUACCGCGUAUCUGCAAUUUUUGACAAAAUGAGUUUUAUUGCUUAUUGCAUGUAAAAAAUACUCUGUCAUAUUGUGGUGAAAGCGCUAAUUUGACCUAUACAGUUUGAAUGAGUAACGUGAUUAGUAGUGACAUCUGGUAUAGGUAAGCUGAAUAUCUUUUAAUGUGACAGCGCGUAUCUGAAUUAGUUGACAUAGUAACGUGCUGUGGUAACAUUGUGUUGAUAAAGAUUAAAAUGAGUACCUCUAGAGGUCGUCAAAUGGUAACAAAUGCAAGAAAUGACGUAAUAGUUCACGUUUUAAACAAUAAUAUCAAGGACACCAUUAAGUGUGCCAUAAAAACAAACAAUGAAGAAGCCACAGUAUUGGAAAAUACCGAUGCGGAUGAGCUGGGACCUACAUUAUUAUCUUUGGAACAAGAGGUUGCCGCAGCCAAUCUGCUUUUAUUGGGGGAGUCUGCAGUAACAAACGAAACGUUUUCGACAGACAUAAACAAUGUUACUGAUGGAUUGCCAAAGGAAUCUGAUUUUGAAAAAGUGAGUAACUGGCUAAGGAAUAUUGACAAUGAACGUUUAGAUUGUGACGCAAUAUUAGAAACGGUUUCCAAUGAAAUUUCGACAAAUGAGCUCUCCAGGGACAAAACACAUCUAGAAGAAUUAAGAAAUGACGUUGCACUAAACCACGAAGGUAUUUUAAAUGAAGUGAUGUCGAGCUCAUCGUCUGUAAUUGCUGAUCAGAUUGAUGAAUCGUGGUUGCCAGAAAACGAAAAUAAGUCAGAUUACUCAACUAGUUCGGAAGAAGGCAAACAACAAGAAGGGGAAGAACCAGUAGCAAGAGCCGAUAAUGACGGUAACAACGAAAAUAAAAAAGCUCGAAAAAGAAUAGCAGAUAUCAACGAAUGGCACGAUAUUAAAAAUAAAAGACUAAGACAACACGGAAAAAAAUAUAUUGGCUGGACAAGGGUUGGAAAGACAGCGAAAAGAGGAACACCUAGAAAUGAAAAACAAAUGGGACCAGUCUGCUUAUCCUCCGUAUGUAAAAAAUCCACAGUAAGGCAGUGUCAAGAUUUAAAUGAAGAGGACCGAAAAUAACUUUUCAACAACUUUUGGAACAAUCUCACAUGGGACCAGAAAAAAAUCUAUAUCGCUUCUCUGGUUUGCAAAAAAGAAAAAAACAGAAAUACAAACGCCAAAGAUGUAUUGCGUAAUUUUUUAGAUUCUCUUCCGAAACUCCCUGCUCAAUAUUGUCGCAAAUCUACAAGUAAAUUAUAUAUUGAGCCUAUUUUUGGAGACAAUAUGAGCAAAGUAUACCAGGAAUAUUCCAGAAUGUGCCGUGAACAAAAUAAGGAAUUGAAACCAGUUUCAAGAUACACUUUUGAUUUAAUGGUAAAAGAAAAACAUAUUUCCUUCCACAUACCAAAAAAAGAUCGUUGUGAUACAUGCUGCAGUUAUGAAACAAAUAAUCUAGAUGAGAAUGUCUAUAAGAAGCACAUUAACAACAAAGAAAAAGCAAGGCAAGAAAAGGAGAACGACAAACAGGCAGGGCAUGUAAAACAAUGCAUUGUCCUAACACAAGAUCUUCAGGCAGUAAAAGUAUGUCCCAUGUUAAAUGCAUCGGCUUUAUACUAUAAAACAAAACUUUGCUGUCACAACUCUACCAUAUUUAAUGUUAAUACUCAUCAUGUAAGAUGCUACUGGUUUACAGAAACAGAAGCUGACCUAUCCGCCAAUACCUUUGCAACUUGUAUCACUGAUUACUUGUUAGACCUCUGUCCUGUAAAUAUUCCUAUUAUUAUUUGGAGCGAUGGUUGCACCUAUCAGAAUAGGAAUGCUAUAUUGUCAAAUGCGCUUCUAUCUUUUAGUGUCGAAAACAAUGUUAUUAUCUACCAAAAGUAUCUUGAGCGUGGCCACACACAAAUGGAGGCCGAUUCCGUUCACGCUCAAAUAGAAAAGACAGUAAAAUAUAAGUCUAUUUAUCUUCCAAGUGAUUAUAUCAGACUCACAAAGGAGUCGAGGAAACAAACACCAUACCAGACAAAAGAGGUCACUUAUGACUUUAUCAAAAUUUUUUCCGAAACUUUAGUAUACCCUUCCAUUAGACCAGUGAACGAUCCAACCGUAACUGAUAUUAAAGUCAUCAAGUAUACGCCUGAUGGAAUCAUCCAAGUAAAAUUAGAUUAUUGUGGUGAGUUUAUAGAUCUACCUACAAGAAAACCUAGAAGUGCAAAAACCAAUGUUUCACAACUAGGUCAGUUUAAACCAUUACGUAACGCUCCUAUCAAAAUAACCAACACAAAAUAUAAUCACUUACAGCAACUUAAAAGUGUAAUUCCUAAAGACUGCCAUGGUUUCUACGACACCUUGCCUCACGAGAGUAAACAGAAGAAUUAACAACGUAUUUGUUGUUUUAUUGAUUUUUGUGUUUUCUGCAUUUUUUAAAUAAAUAUUUUAAGUCAAUAAA